GAGGGACGGAGGGAGUGUGAGAGAGAACAGGGAGUGUGAGAGAGCGAGAGACUGCAGUGAAGAGAGGAGUAGUCCGUCAGCGCUACAAUACUGUAAAAUGCUAUAGACGGCGCGGGUUUUCAUUUACUUUUGUUAAUAUAACCAGAGGGCAAGGAAAGCAGCGCUCGCGCUCAGGACACCGUUUGCUGUUGUGUUUAGAAGGUAGCGGCGCGCUGGAAAGGAGCGGAGUAAGGAGACAGGCUUAGGAAAACACGUAGUGUGGAAGCUUCAAGGCCAAGAUGCCAGAGCAGAGCAAUGACUACAGGGUGGUGGUGUUCGGGGCCGGGGGGGUGGGGAAGAGCUCUCUUGUGCUGCGCUUCGUAAAGGGAACCUUUAGGGACACUUACAUCCCCACUGUGGAGGACACGUACCGGCAGGUGAUCAGCUGCGACAAGAGCGUCUGCACCCUGCAGAUCACUGACACCACGGGCAGUCACCAAUUCCCCGCCAUGCAGCGUCUGUCCAUCUCCAAGGGUCACGCCUUCAUCCUGGUCUACUCCAUCACCAGUCGGCAGUCACUGGAGGAGCUCAAGCCCAUCUACCAGCAGGUGUUGGCCAUCAAGGGCAGCAUAGAGAAUAUCCCCGUCAUGCUGGUGGGGAACAAGUGCGACGAGAACCAGCGGGAGGUGGAGACCAGGGAGGGCGAGGCCCAGGCGGCCACCUGGAAGUGCGCCUUCAUGGAGACCUCAGCCAAAAUGAACUACAACGUCAAGGAGCUCUUCCAGGAGCUGCUCAACCUGGAGAAGAAGCGGAACAUGAGCCUCAACAUCGACGGCAAACGCUCCAACAAGCAGAAGCGUGCUGACAAGCUGAAGGGAAAGUGUAGCGUCAUGUAGGCCUGGUGGGAGCAGGGGAGAAGGAACGAGGAGGAGAUGGGGUCAAGUAGACACGAGUUGGAGGUGGAAGCUGGGGGAAGAGUAGGUGUGUUCAAAAAGAAGAGCGAAGAACCAUGUGACCUAGCAGAAUUUUAUGUAACCCCUUACACCGCCCACUUUCCUUUCUCAUAUGAAAACAUGAUCCAUUCACAGCAUACUCAGUCCAUUAAGCGUCACCUUUUUUAAUCGGAAUGUGUCGUCCGUGAGGAGGAGCUUCCAUCAGGGAAGGAGAGACUGACACAGAAGAAGUGUGGAAUAGUGGAAAAGGACAAUGGCAUGCUUUCAGUGAUCCCACAGGGUGACAGUAGCAGAGGGAGUGGGGCGUCUAAAGCCGGGAUCAUGGUGGUGGUUUGAGGGAGACGACCCCUGCGUGUUGGUGUGUGUGGCAUUUGUCCUGCAUGGUGGGUCAGCUUGGGGCUGCCUCUCCCUCCUCCUCUUCUAUUUUUCCUUCAGCCACAUAAGUUACAGGUUUUAAUCCGGGGGCCGAGGCACCGGGACGGAGGCCGCUGACACCCCGCCGCUGCUGUGUCAGCGAGACGGCCGCAAAAUCCACCGGUCAGAUGCUCUCAGCCAAAAAAUUCACUCCAUUAUUAAGUCGGCCCAACAGAAAGAUCCUGAUACGGAAGGAAGGAAAAGGCAGCUAUAAAGUUAACCGCAGGUUUCUACUGCUGUUUUUAAGAUUUAUGUUGUUUAGGAAGAAAACUCCUUCAGCUUCUCCAUGUUUAGCCCUGAUAUUUUCUGCCGGCUGAAAUCUCACCUCUCCUGGUGUUCUGUAUCAGAGAAACACAGGACAGAAGUCAAAUUCUUGAGUCACGUUUGAAAUGCCACACGCUGAAUUUUUUGCCAAUGCGUAAAUGUCUUCUUUCUAUUCUCAUAAUACAAUGUGACUCAGCUACAAGGCAAACGGACUGUUUUAGUGUCUCUCUGUAGUGCUCAGUACUGGUAGUCUUUAAGGUUCACUUGCUGGUUCCGCUCCAGCCGUCUGCAUGCUCCUCACGUGUCCAGCAGUGCCACACGGGACCAGCUACUGCCCAUCCGUGCCAAGUUGUGGGGGCUGUUUAGAACAUCCCGCUGAUGAAGUGGCCUUUUUUAGUGUAAAAAAAAAUUCUCCAGUGCUAAAAUCUACUGCUUUGAAGAGUCAUCUGUGAAACAGAACAUCCUUUGAGUCCUUAGCAUAUUUUUGAUUUAUUUGUUUUUUACUCUCCCUCCCCAUUCAGAGACAGGACUUGAUUGCUCUCAUAAGCCCUAGGCACAAUGUCACUUCUUACCAGCCUGUUUUCGAUGCUGGUGUCUUCCAAACCCAACGAGAUGUUCACAGAUGAGGCGGUGGAGGUGGAGGGGGAGAGCAUCACCUCAGGCACCACCAAUGACCACUGGGCAGGGAGUCAGGCUGAAAGUAGGUGCCUGCACACCUUGAGAGAUCCUCCCCCAGUGGCAUCACCCGUCUCAAAUCGGUUAUCUCUGAAAUGCAGGCUUGAGAUUGAUACAUUUAGACAGCUGCAUCCUGUAGCAUGAACGUCAUGUGAGAUACACAAUGCACAGUCCCACAAUUCUCCAUUCAACAGGCGAUAGAAGGUAUAUAUCCUUCUCUUUUGUGAUCUAGUAAGCAAAUAGGACAAGUGGAGCUACUAACCUUUAUGUGCCAUGUGUCUUUUAGAGUAACAGCACUUAUGGAAGACUUAGAAAUUAUACAGGUACUGAUUUGGUCAUGUACUUUUGAGUGAAAUUUGCAUAAUCCAGACAUAGAUACAUGACAAGGCAGGAAAGAUAGAUAUUAUGACUAUGAUGAUUAAACUAUCAAUCACAAGUACUGAGCAGUUUUGACCUGUAGAGAAAAAACAUUCAAAUAAUAAGAUAAAUACUUUUACUCUAUUAAUGGAGUACCAUGGUAUCAUACAACAUGUGUGCAUAAAUUGUCAUAUUUAUUUGGUACAUUAUUCCUCCUCCCCAAUGUCAUGAUAGAAACUGAUUCACCCCUGGGACUUCCUAUUAGAUGCAAGAAGGGGUUGGAAUAAUGCAGCUGUCUUGUCCGGUGAUUUGGCCAGGUCAGGAAGGAGAGGAGUGGUUGGAAUGUAGAGACCAACAAGUAGGUGUGAUCCAAAGGGUGGGCGUGGCCAGACAGAGCAAUAAUGGUUGAUGUCCUGAGCAGGUUCAUUUAGGGCUUUUUGGAGUGUCUCAGGUUGCAAGAACUCCCAAUGUCCCGCAUUCAUAUGUCAGAGGUCUCCAUCUACGGCGACAACCACCCAGAUUAAAAGAUUUUGUUUUCCCACUUCUUUUGAUCUAAUAAAAAGGGAACCAACCUAACCUGAACCAAAGAAAGAUUAUUUGAGGUUGGAUUCAAACAAUAUGCUUUGUUAGUCUAAAAAGCACAGUAUGACACCCCAGUAUGCCUGAUGGUACCAUGGCCAAUGAAACUAAUUAGAAUAGUGAAUAACUGCAGUUCAUUUUAUUAUAGUUUGCAACAGACAUGCAUCCACAUCAAUGGAUAUGGCAGAAGAGAACCUAUAAUUUUUUCCAGAUGUAAAAUAUUUGGAGACAUAACAUGGCAUAUUGCAUGUAAACAUUUAGAAUUAUUUUAUAGCUACUAUACUAUACAUAAUUUUAAAAAUAUAUUUUAUUCUAUGGCACAAUUGUAAGUAUGAGGAGCAGACUACCAAAAUAUUUAAAAAUGUUUAUGUUCUUUUAUAUACAUAUACAAAUAUAUACCCUAUGUAAUAUGUAGAAUAAUUCAACAAAGUGCCCGGUAUUUGAAGGUUUGUGUUGCACAAGCAAAUUCUUUCCUGUAAAGCAUGUAAAAGUUGUAUGUAUAAUAUAUGUAUACAUACACACACACAAUUAUAUAUCUGGACAUUGAACAUACAUAAAUAAAAUGUCCAGACAGGUUAGCACUUUUCAAAUUGCCUAGAUUAUACAUCAGGGAGUUUUUUCAGACACUAAAGAUGAAACUUGUAUGAAUGUUCUUUUGAGCAUAGAACUCAAACCAGAAAAUGGAUUUGAAGCAGGGAUUUGUUUUACCAGCAUCUGAUUUGCUGUCUGAAAAAAAAAUCACAAUAAUCACAGAUUACAAACUUCCAAACUUAGGCACUUCCCAUUGGAGUUAAAUAUGUUGCAAUUUAACUCAGAACAUGGCAAUACUGUGGUAAGAUUUCGGGUCUGCGUUGUCUGAAAGAGGUGUGUCUGUUUUCCAAAGUCCUCCUUUUUGUGCCAAGGUUUCUAUUGUCUCUUUUUUUUUCUUUGCAUUUAUUUUGUGUUCUUUUGGUUCUUUUGACAGCUUAUCUUGUGUCUUGUUAACAGAAACACACAGUCCUAAUGGAAAUUAGCUUUCCUCUGUUCUUUUUCUUUUUCAAUGACAUUCAAUUCCAGGUGCAGGGAUUUGACUGACUCACCACAGAACUAUACUAUUAUCGUUAUUAGUGUAAUUUACAUAGGAGAAUGAACACUACAGGGAGCCAAAGGGUAGGAGCACAACUGUUAGCUACUCUGACCCCACAGGAGAGUGUGCUCUCCUGAUGUCAUCCCCCCACCACGACAGGACCAGGACCACAGAACAGUGAGUCUGCUUGAGUGCUGCAUGCAGAAGAUGUUUCAUAUUAUUUCCUGGUUUUUUUGCACCUUUAAAUACGGUGGGGGUGGAUACAUUGCAUCGUACAUGGGAAUUGUUUUAAAGAAAGCUAUCAUUUCUCUGAACUCACCCCGCUGGUUUCCAAGUUGUGUAAUAUAUUCUUGCCUGCAGCAAGUUUAGGAUUCAACAGCCUUUGCGUGCUCCUUGAUAACCCCCCCCCCCCCCCC